AUUAUCGAUAUGUGUUAUGCUUCAUCUCAAAUAAUAAAUACUGUCAACAAACGCUGCAAAAAAAGUGAAAAAAAUGCAAAUAAUUGAAAAGUAAUGUUGUUGCUCUAACAAAAAUAUUUUUGUGUGUCAUUUAGACAGAUCAUGUGGUCACGGUUUCGUGUCGGUCUUUCCCGUUAUAUUAUAAACGCGACAGUUCGUUUAUCAAUUAUUUUAGGUGUACUACCUUAUGGUUAUAACGCGCGACGCAAACGGAUUGUGGCAAAAAAUUAUUGCCUCAUCUACAGUAUCCUUAUAGAUGUGGUUCUAAUUGCGCUGAUUCUGUACAAAUGUUACAGAGAAGUGCGUGUGUACUGGGAUAAUAUAGCCGAGUGGUCGCUAAUGAUGGCACUUAGUCAACUAGUUAAUUUGGCGCAUUUGUAUAGCCACUUUGCAAUACUGUGGACCAACUGGAAGGAGUACGACUCUGUGCUGGACAUGUUCAAUGAGUUUGCGACCAUGGAGCAGUCAUAUUUCGCAAAGCAUAACAUUUUAUGCGACAAUUGUGCGACAUUUCACAAUUACCUGGCAUGGUGGACGUUUGUUAUGCUCUUGAAUAAUAUAGUAUUUUUUUAUAUAAUACGCGAUAAAUUCACGAGAAUCAGCAUAUAUAUGCUGAUCUCAUUUUUCAUCAUAGUUAUUCCAGUUAAUGUGCUUUUGGUGGCCGUGUUGCAAUUUUACACGGUUGUAUUGAACAUUUAUCGCAACAUUUGGACACUGCAACAGCGUUUGAUAUAUUUGUCCAGUUGUGGCUUACAACGGGUGAACGUCGAUAACUUAAUGCGUGAAAUCGAAGAAAUCGUUGUUGUCUAUAUGCGUUUACAGCGGCUAUCCGAGAGAAGCAAUAGUAUUUAUGGCAAACAGGUUUUCCUCUACAUCAACGCCAUUGUAGGCGAUAAUACCACAAAGACGUUUCUGUUGCUCUUGAUUUGGAAAGGCACCGAUUUUUCAUGGAACAACGUAUAUGUGUUUUAUCUCAUUGUCAUAAGUACCGUAGAAUUUUGGUUAAUCAUAGCCGCUUGUGAGUUGACUUUAAACGCCGCAUAUGACUUCUCGCAGCUGUUGAGGUCCUUCAAUGAGUGCACGCAUUUGGAUGACAAGUCAGAGCGUGAGCUUGAAGUUCUGGCGCUGUUUUGUGCGAGUAGAAAACCGCGAUUCCGUUUGUGUGGCUUAAUGGAUUUGGAUUAUUCGAAAGGUUUAAGCAUUUUGCUCACAAUCGUUUUGCAUAUAAUUUAUUUGGUGCAGACACACUAUGUAGUCUUUUAUUACGAUGGGGAUGAAUAAAAUUAUUCUGAAAGUAUUCUUUCUUUACAAACCAAAUUAUGAACACAGUAUCUCACUUUUGGACAGGAAGUGUUGAAGGAGCAUUUUCGUCUGCUUUACUAACUAAGAAUGAAUGUUGCUCUUAUCAGAGCGAAUACUUUGCCACAUCAGCUUCUUCAAC